CAAUGGGCAAGGCCAUGGCGGGGUGUGAGGAGGAGGAGAAGGGAAGGGAGAGAGCCGAGCAGGCAGAGCCAUGCAGGAGGUGGCUGCUCUUCAUGUGCCUUAAGUGCCCCCAGCUGAGCCCCUUUGGCCCCCCACAGGCGCUGGGACAGAGGAGCAGAAGGAGGAGCAGUGCCAGCCCAGGGAAGAGCAGAGGGGGAUGCUGCAAGGGCCCCAAGAGGAGCCCCAGAGCCCCACGGUGGCCGUGGAGCACGAUGGCCAACAGCAGCCCCGUGAUACGCAAGGGAGCCGCGGAACGGGGGAACCCCGAAAAUGCUCUUUCAGAGAGACAUCUGCUGAAGACCUUCAGGGAGCCUCAACUGAACCACCGAGUAGCUCCAGAGACAAGAAAUACAAGUGUGAGCACUGUGGGAAGGUUUUCGGCUGGGCGAGCAACCUGAGCCGUCACCGAAAGAUCCACAUGGGAGAAAAGCUCUUCAAGUGCCAGGAUUGCGGGAAGAGCUUCUCGCAGAGAGGAAACCUCCAGUGUCACCAGAGGACACACACCAAGGAGAAGCGCUUUCUCUGCACCACAUGUGGGAAACGCUUCUCCUUUACCUCAUACCUCGUCAAGCACCAACGCAUCCACACGGGAGAGAGACCGUACGUCUGCUCAGAAUGUGGCAAGACUUUUCGGCAGAGUUAUCACCUCACGAGGCAUCGGAAAACUAUCCACAAUGGCGCUGGGACAGAGGAGCAGAAGGAGGAGCAGUGCCAGCCCAGGGAAGAGCAGAGGGGGAUGCUGCAAGGGCCCCAAGAGGAGCCCCAGAGCCCCACGGUGGCCGUGGAGCACGAUGGCCAACAGCAGCCCCGUGAUACGCAAGGGAGCCGCGGAACGAGGGAACCCCGAAAAUGCUCUUUCAAAGGGACGUGUGGUGAAGACCCUCUGGAAGUCACAACCCAACCACGGAGUAGCUCCAGACAGAAGGAGUACAAGUGUGAGCACUGUGGGAAGGUCUUCAGCUGGGGGAGCAACCUGAGCCGUCACCGAAAGAUCCACAUGGGAGAACAUCUUUACAAGUGCUGGCGUUGUGGGAAGAGCUUCGCGCAGAAAUCGAACCUCCUGAGUCACCAGAGGACACACACCAAGCAGAAGCGAUUUUCUUGCGCCCUAUGCGGGAAAGGCUUCUCCUUUCCAUCAGAAUUCAUCAGACACCAACGCACCCACACAAUGGAGAGGCUGUUCGCCUUGUCACACUCCGAGAUGGCUUUCCGGCAGAGUUACCACCACUACCUCCGGAGGCAUCAGUUAGUCUUCCAGAAUGGCGCUGGGACAGAGGAGCAGAAGGAGGAGCAGUGCCAGCCCAGGGAAGAGCAGAGGGGGAUGCUGCAAGGGCCCCAAGAGGAGCCGCAGAGCCCCACGGUGGCCGUGGAGCACGAUGGCCAACAGCAGCCCCGUGAUACGCAAGGGAGCCGCGGAACGGGGGAACCCCGAAAAUGCUCUUUCAAAGGGACGUACGGUGAAGACCGUCAAGAAGGUACAACCCAACCACAGAGUCGCUCCAGAAAGAAGGAGCACAGGUGUGAGCAGUGUGGGAAGGGGUUCACCUGUGGGAGCAACCUGAGCCGUCACCGAUGGAUCCACACAGGAGAGAAGCCCGACAAGUGCCAGGAUUCUCGAACCUUCUUGUCCACCAUCGCAUCCACACAGGAGAGAGACCGUACGCCUGCUCCCACUGUGGGAAGAACUUCCAGCAGAGAUGUCACCUCAGGAGGCAUAAACAAACGCUUCACAAUGGCACCGAGCACCCAGGAACCAGGACAAGCACCCCCGGUGCUGGAGGAGGAGUUGGAGAGCAAGGAGGAGCAGACAGCGCCAGGACAAGGGGAUGGCGGGAAGAACACCCACCCGGCCACCAGCAAGCCGGUGGCCCGCGCCACGCGGGGGACCUCUAAAUGCCCCCAGGGUGGGAAGAUCUUCCGCUGA